UGUCGAAUAGCCAACCAACUCCCACAUCGACUGCCUUUGAGCGUUUCAUGACGGCUUCAGGGAAACUAGCAGAAGCCAAUCCAUGUACAUCACUUCAAGCACCAACUGACCCUGGAGAUGACGUUCAGUGCCUAGGAGAUCGCCCUGCGAAUAAACGUAAGGCUCGCUGUGACACUACAACUUCAUCGGAGGCGAGAAGGUCAAGGACGGAUUCUACUGUUGCGGUUGUACCUCCUUCUAAUGGGUCAAUGAUCAACCCUGACGCUUCAUGGGUUGCCGAAGAGCUGAAGUCAAAGAUUCUCGCCCAUGACUUUGAAUCGUUAGCCAACGUUGGGAUUGCCCCCACUGUUGAUGAAGCCUUCUUUGACCUUCUCAAGGCGAUGUCAUCACUUCACCUUGUUGAGAAAAAGCUUUCCUCUGAACAUCAAAUCAAUGAGAGACUGAAGCGUGAGUUGAGUAAUGAGAAAUCAAAAACUGCUUUGGCUCAUGAGACCAUUGCCUUCAAGAACCGUGACAUCGCUACUUUGGAGGCCAAAUUGGUUGAACGCGACCAUGCCACGACUGAUCUCAAAGCCGACAACUAGAGAUCGCUAGGUGAAAAGGGAGUGCUUCAAGACGAGAUUGCUUCUCUCAAGAAGCGAAUUGAGGUCCUAAAGUAUGAGCUGGAUUUUUACUUGAACGAGGCAACAAUCAUAGCUCGAUGGGAGGCAUUGCGUGAAUGCCUGCUUGGAGAGCACAAGAAAUGGGAUUUACAUGAAGUGGAAAUGCAGUACCAAACCGUCAUGCGGAGUCAACCUCUGUUUAAGGGGAUGCCUCCUCCUACCUUUGGGGAUUCCCUUGCUCAGAUCGGGGCUCAAGAGCAGGUUGACUCAAGGCUAGAUGAAUCAGAGCCCAUUGCACCAUGAUCGAUGAUUUCCUUCCCUUGCUAUGACUUAUUUAGCUUUUGUCUUUCAGUUCCAGUAGAACAUUGUUGAACUUAGCGUCUUGUGGUGAUUUGCAUUU